UACGGUUGGUGGUGACUGUCUUCUCACAGCGGCUAGCUCCUUUCACAUCAAACGUAAAAAUGACAUCUGGAGUAAAAGUCUCAGGUGACGUGGUGAAUCUGUACCAAGAGAUGCGACUACAUCGCUGUAAUGAGGAUCCAAAUGAGCACGAUAAGUUUGUGCUCUUCAAGAUCGAAGACGGUGAAAUUGUUGUGGAUAAAGACAGGCACCUCAAAGUGAAAGAUUUUGAAGGGGAGGAUAAUGUCUUCAAAAAGUGUAUGUCCCUACUGCCUGAUGAGGAUUGUCGCUACGUGCUCUAUGACUGCCGUUACGGCACCAAGGAAACUCCCAAAUCAGACUUGGUCUUCAUCAUGUGGGCUCCUGAAAGUGCUGUAGUCAAAAAGAGAAUGCUCUACGCUAGCUCCAAAAGUGCCCUCAAAACAGUCUUCGGUGGGGUCAAGCAUUCAUGGGAUGUGACCGACACCGUGGACAUCAAGGAUGAAACGGCUCUUGUGGAGAAACUGGGGAGCGGGAAAGACACCAUAACGAUGCUCGAGGGGAGAGACCUGUAGAAUCCCUCGUGACAUGGAAUCCUCUCACAAUAACAUCCACUUUCCCCCCCCCCAGUUUCACGUGUAGAUGGAUUCCUAUUUGGCGCAUAUACAGUAGGCACAGGCUCUGAAUGGAAUCUGCCCUCGCGGAUCGCUUUAAACACAAAGUCAUCCCUCUGGACGGUGCCAAACUCAGAGCCCCAACAUGCAUUCUGCUUUCAUUCCAGUCCCACUAGUUAGUUCAUUAAAUAUCCAGUAUUGUCUUCACCUUUUAACAACUGCCUUCUAUAGCACACUUAGUUUUUCCGUUGAGCUAACUAUCUAGUAGACUUUCCCAGUCACUGUCGCGACGGAACCUUUUGUUUUCCUCAGACGCCACAUGUCAUUGCAUUGCGAUAGACUGACGAGGGUGACGCACUCGUUACAAUUAUGCUGUUUAGAAUCUUUUUGUAAUUUUUUUUGGCUCGGAAUACUACAUGUUCAACACACCCCUCCAGCAGCAUCUAGCUUUGAAUUAGGAUCGGUUCCUUGAAUUAAUAUAUUGUUCUUUAAUGCACCGAUAAAGAACACAUCUAAAUGUACAGUACAAUUGUUGACUAACAAAAAAAGCGGGCACUUUGUAAGGUAACACCGAAACACCCUCUACCAGUGUUGUAGCAGUUUUCAAUCUGCUGCCGAAGUAUACUGUCAAAUAAAACAAUACAAGUAACA